AAUAAUAUAUAUAUAUAUAUAUGUCCGGUUAUCAAGAAAAGCAGCCCUUCAUGAACACGUAUUCACCAAUAAGAGAAUCCUCCCGUGAAGGCAGCGCCGGCGCCGCGGCUGCAGGAGUCUACUACGACGACGACGACGGCGCCGUUCCUCCGAGCUGGUGCGGCUGUUUUCGUCUCUGCGGCUUCGGCUCCGGCGGCGGAGACGCCAGGCACCUGAUCGGAGGAGAGGAUAACGGCGGCAGGGGGUCGUGGCUGGGGGAGAAGCUCAAGAAACUGAAGGAGUUUUCCGAGGUGGUUGCGGGGCCCAAGUGGAAGAACGCGCUUAGGAAGAUCGGAAAGUAUUGCAACCCCAAGAAAGGGAAAACGACGGCGUUCCAGUACGACGCCGAGAGCUACGCUCUCAACUUUGCUGACGGGAUGCCGGAGGAAGAAGGUGAUGGGCUUUUGCGUAAUUUCUCCACCAGGUUUGCCGCCCCCGGUCAGAGGGUGGGUGGUGGAAUGUGAUAGGGAUGGAAUCGUCAUUUGUAAUUAUUUUUUGUGUUUUAAUUUAUAUGUUUUGUUAAUGUAAUACUCCGUAUAUAUUAACCGGAUUUGAAUUU